UGUGGGUAUAUAAAUGAGGCGGGCAAAGUUGGCUUCACAACACUGGUCCGCUCGACACCAUCAUGAAGACUCUGGUGAUACUAGUGGUGGCAGCUGUGGUGGCAGCGGCAGACCGCACGGAGAGGUCUGCCGAUCCUAGCCUUGGCGUAGUCGUCCACCCUCUACCUUACGCUCGCCAGGUCGUGCAGUAUGUGCAGCCAAGGGUUGUCGUCCGACACCAUUCGGUGAUUCCUUACAGAUUCGAUGACGAUGACGACCUCUUCGAUCGUAAGAAGCGUAGCGCCGACCCUGAUGACGAUAACCUGGGGUGGACUCAUGCACAGACCAGCGUCGUUUACGCAAGACCAGUAGUGCAGCCCGUGGUACAUCGCUUUGUGCAGCCUGUGGUGCAGCCAGUGGUACAUCCAGUGGUGCAGCCAGUGGUACAUCCAGUGGUGCAGCCAGUGGUGGCCCAACCUUACUACCAGCCUGGCCAUGUUGUCCUGAGCCAUGGCUACGACGAUGAUAAGUAAGCGCAACAAUAAUCCAACGGGACUCUCACGAUCCUGCCAUUGAUUGUUGUCCUAAUUUGGCCUAGUUUUUUUUCGUUAAUUUCAGUUUAAGAUGGUGGCCCUUUAUGCAUCAUUAAUCAUUAUGUAAACAAUAAAUUUUUAUACCAAACAUAAAAA